UAACAGCAGAAAAUUUUUAUUGAGAUUGCGAAUGCAAUGAAACAGGACAAAUCAUCAAUAUUGUAUUUAAUCUGAAUGCAUUCUUUAAGCUUUUUAGUGAUUUUAUUCCGAUUUGGCUGAAAGUUUUAAGCUAUGACCGAAUAUAUGGAAGCUGGCUAACUGAGAAUACAGUAUUUCUUCCCGUUUUAGACUAGUUUCAACUCAGCAAUUCAGAGUUUAGAAGCAAGCUGAAAAUGGAGAAAGGUGUGACAUACAUUUGUGAUCAUUGCAGGGUAAAUACAUAUGAAAAUGAAUCAAAAAUUUAUGAAUGGGUGUUUUCACUAGAAUCCUUAUUCCUCUGCAUUAAAUGCUCAAAGUACUUCAACAUAGGAUUCAAAGUCACAGAUAUGGUAUCAUUGCUUGAUGCAUGCAAAAACUCAUUGCAAGCAGUUCCUGGGCAGUGUGAAAAUGUACGUGAAAAAGAAGUGUCUAUAACUGUACAGGAAAUCGAAGAAAACCAACCAAUCAGUUCAAAUAAAAAAUCUCACAAAUGUGACAAAUGCUUUCGAACUUUCAAAACUAAAGCCGGACUUAGAAAACAUACGAAUAUACACGAUAUGAAUAAUCCUUUCAUAUGCGAGGUGUGUGAUGUGCGAUGUACAUCUAAAUCCAAUUGCCAGGACCACAUAAACAAACAUCUCAACGAAAGACGUUAUGAAUGCAGUUUUUGCACUGCUGCCUUUAAAUUUAAACGUGGUCUUACUGAGCACAUGAACAUACAUAAGGACCAGAAUCCUUUCAGGUGUGAAUUGUGCAACAAGAAUUGUGCCAGCAAACAGAAACUUGAAAACCACAUGUCCAGUCAUUCGAAUGAAAAACAUUACAAAUGUUCUGUAUGUACUUCGAUGUUUAAAACUAAAUCUAGCCUUUCUGUUCAUAUGAACAUACAUAAAGAACAGAAGCCAUACCGAUGUAAAGUAUGUAAUAAGAACUGCAGUUGUUCAAACGAUCUCAAAAAACACCAGAUGUCUCAUUCCGAAUCAAGGCCCUACAAAUGUCAUAUUUGCUCAUUCUACUUCAAAUCAGAAACUAAUCUCAUUGGUCACAAGAAAAGAAAACAUCAAUAGGAUAAUCUGUAAUAAAGUGGGAAGUGCAGCAAAUUAUUAAGAUGUAAAGUAUGUAAUAAGAACUGCAGUUGUUCAAAUAAUCUCAAAUAUCACAUGUUGACGCAUUCCAAUUCAAGUUGUUACAAGUGUCAGAUUUGCUCAUUCUACUUCAAAUCAGAAACUAAUCUCAUUGGUCACAAGAAGAGACAACAUCAAAAGGAUAAUCUGUAAUAAAAUGGGAAAUGGAUCAAAAUCAAUGAGGCUUAUUUCAUGACAAGUAUUCAAUAUUAUUAUCAAGUAACUGCAUUUUAAUCCAAUUUUAUCGUAAUACUUUCAAUUUUCCAAGAAUAAAGCCUCGUGGAAUUUUGGUGGAGAUUUCUAUAACGAUAAAUGGUCAUAUUAUAACCAUUUAUUAAGAAGGAAUAUAUGCUUAUAGUUAUGAAACAUAAUCAGCAGUAUCAACUAGAUUGAAAAGAGAAAAAAAUGUGAAACAUUUGUGAAAAAUAUUCUGUAUCAAAAAAGAUAUAAAAAGGGAACUUUGAUUAUAAAUUUGGAUGAUUGAAGGAGACGUAAAAGGCUAGAAUUCUGCUAAUCUGCAAGUGUAUAUCUGCCACCGGGUUCUAAUAAAAUAAAAUCUAAAGAGAAAUUGUACACAAAGACUUUUGAGCACACGCUGUUGUGUAAUUUGUCUAAUUAUACAGAAUAAGAAAAAGUUUCUUAAAAAGUCAAGUUUAGCAUGUAAUAUAAAAAUAUUUUAAGUUUUUAUUUUUGACAUGUGUAUAGAAUAUAGGUUUGAAAUG